CAUGCGCACUUAGGUGACGAGCGGGUACUUAAGGAGCGGACACAGCGGCUGCGGCAGUGCGCCCAACAGCGGACUCCGAGAGACCGGUGGACCUCGGCAAACCCUUGCUUCUUGACCACCCACCAACCACUCGAGGAAGUAUGGCGGCAGUGGCGGCAGCUUCAGCUGAGCUGCUCAUCAUCGGCUGGUACAUCUUCCGCGUGCUGCUGCAGGUGUUCCUGGAAUGCUGCAUUUACUGGGUAGGAUUCGCUUUUCGAAAUCCUCCAGGGACACAGCCCAUUGCGAGAAGUGAGGUGUUCAGGUACUCCCUGCAGAAGCUGGCGUACACGGUGUCGCGGACCGGGCGGCAGGUGUUGGGGGAGCGCAGGCAGCGAGCCCCCAACUGAGGCCCCAACUCCCAGCCCUGGGCGGCCGCAUCAUCAGGUGCUCCUGUGCAACUCCACCAGCAUGGGAGCCAGCGCCGCGCAGGAAUGGGGGGUCCCCUGUGCUCCCUCGCCAGAGGAGCAUUUGCCAAGGUCAGUGAGGGGCCGGUAGGCCACCCGGAGAAGCAGCACCGACAAUGACGGCGAUACCAGAUCCCUUCCCAACCCUUUGUACCGGUCCCACUGCUGGGGUGGGGAAUGAGGGGGUGGGGGGAGCAGACCCCUGAGAUCUGGGUGUAGGCACUGCAUUCUGAUCUGGACCAAGUCGGGACAACACCAUCCCAGCCCCGCAGCCGCGGCCAUGCCAGCAGGUCCCGCCACCAAGAUCCAAACUACACCAGCCAGCAGAAUGGACAUUUCGACAUCACCAGCCAAAGCCCUGAAUCUCAGUGCAGCAGAGAAGGCGCCCACUGUGUGCCUGUGUGGCGGGACUGGAGGGCACGCGUGAGGGUGGAGGAGGGUUAAGAAAUAGAGUGGGGCCCUCUCACUGUCCCUUGCCUACGGCACGUGUAUUCCAGCCUUGCUGCCUUUGCUCCCUUGAUUCCCCUUUCCCCCUCACUGCUUCCCAAACCCAACCCAUCCCCCCAAAAUGUGUCACUUGAUUUGGACCUAUUCAAUCAGUAAAAGGAAUCCCAUCUUUACUAAAACCCCUUCUCCGAGCCCCCCGCCCCUCACUGAUCUUGCUUUUCCCUGGUCUCAUGCAGUUGUGGUCAAUAUUGUGGUAAUUGCUAAUUGUACUGAUUGUAUAAGUGUGCAUUAGUUGUGUCUCCCCAGCUAGACUGUAAGCUCCUGGAGGACAGGGACCACCUCUACAAAAAAUAAAAAAACAGUGCCUCCCCCAUUUCGCACAGAGUCCCAGGACCCUGCGGGGUGGUGGAGGUGCACCAAAA